AUGUCCUGGGUUCCUAUUGCCGCCGAAUCGCCGUUUUCUCUGGCCAACAUUCCAUUCGGCAUCAUCUCAACAGACGCAGAUUCGACCUGUCGUCCUGCCAUAGCUAUUGGCGAUCACGCACUUGACCUCAAGGCGUUUUCUAAUGGCGGGGGUUUCUCACAAUCCCCCGAGAUCGAGAAACAUGCAGCUGUAUUUUCUCGAUCGACACUCAACGAAUUCGCUGCGCUGGGCCGACCAUUUCAUCGCCUUACGCGGACCUACCUUCUGGAUAUCCUCCGAAGUGACACGCAGUACCCAGCCCUGCUUAGAGAUAACCCUAAGCUCAAGACUGUGGCCAUGGUCGCAUUUUCAGAUCUCAGGAAUCAUAUGCCCAUGGCAGUAGGAGACUACACAGAUUUCUAUGCUUCGACCAAUCAUGCAUACAAUGUCGGCGUGCUCUUCCGCGGACCCUCCAAUGCUUUGCAGCCAAAUUAUAAACACCUCCCCGUCGCCUAUCAUGGAAGAGCAAGCAGCGUUGUCGUCUCAGGGACUUCAAUUCGUCGGCCCUGGGGACAAACGUUGCGCGACCCGAAAGCUGAAAUUAAGGAGCCUAUUCUAGGACCGUGUCAAAAGAUGGAUAUAGAGCUUGAGAUGGGCAUGUUUCUAUGCCGCCCGAACGACUUGGGAAAUCCGGUUCACGUGGACAAGGCUGAAGAACAUAUAUUCGGCUAUGUACUCAUGAAUGACUGGAGCGCAAGGGAUUUGCAAGCCUGGGAAUAUGUGCCCCUGGGACCUUUUACAUCAAAAAAUAUGGGGACAUCCAUAAGUCCCUGGGUGGUUUUAGCGGACGCCGCAAUCCCACGGACCCAUGGUCUCACUAACGAGAAUACUCUUCUACCAUACCUCAAAGAAUCUAGCAAGGAAACCGUCCUUGAUGUGACGCUUGAGGUUGACCUUAUUGCAAAGUCUGGCUCCAGAAAGACAAUAGUAAGAACGAAUUCAAAUAAUAUCCUUUGGUCGUGGCCACAGAUGAUUGCACACCAUACAAUAAGUGGCUGCAAUUUACAACCAGGUGAUUUGUUCGGUUCCGGAACUAUUUCAGGUUUAGAGCCUGGUUCAGAAGGGAGUCUCUUAGAGCAGACUCAAGGUGGCAAGGUCCCGAUUAAGUUUGGAAAAGAGGAGCGGAUCUUCCUGAAUGAUGGCGACACGGUUGUUAUGCGAGGCUGGGCAGGCAAAGAUGGUGCCCGGAUUGGCUUUGGGGAGGUGUCAGGAACAAUUGAGGCUCCUUUACCCUCGCCUUAUUAA